UUAUACUGCUACUUGCUGCUCGGCUGGAGACAGUACCCACUAGCACCUACUUUAUAUCAACAAAGGCAGUGUUUACUUCCUAAACACUAAAGAGUGAGAAGAACUGGAUUCAAGUGAAAAAGGACUGUACGUCAUUAACUGGAACUGCGACAAAGAUGACCUUGAUCAUUACUGUAACUGCUGAUUCCUUGCAGUGCAUUUCUAGGAUGACUCUUGUCAAGAAGUCGGCUUGAGCCGGGAGUUUCUCAUUAAUACCUCCACAGUAAACGGCUUUUGUUGAGGAGCUGAAACUUGAGAGCUGUGAGUGGUAACCGAAGCUCCAGAGAGAUGACUCUCCGUAGGCCAGCUGCCCACCUAAGGAGGACUCCAGGUUGGAGGAGAUCAGGAGAUGAGUCCUACUGGGAGAGCUUGAUGUCAGAAGGGCCCGCUGUUUCUCAUCCACCACGUGCACCGCGGCCCCAGAGCGCCAUUGAAGGUGGCCAGCUGGACAGCUGGCUAGAGCACCUGCAGGCUAUGCAGAGCAAACUUAAAGCCCCAGCUCAUAAUCAGGCUCGAGGGUUCAAUGACCGAACAACAUCCAUGCCUGUUCUGAACAAAGAGCCAACUGGACGUGCUUGGAGACACACGGGUUUUCCCUCUUUCAGCAGGGUCUCAUCUUCAUGUGAGAGUUCAAGCCUAUGUGACAGCUCGCUGGGCAGCCAGGAGUCCCUCCAGACUGGGGUUUUUUCACCUCCGGAGCGCAGAGGAAGCUGGGAGAGAGCCCAUAUCAUGCAGGCUCCAGAAAAGGAACAAGCCGAACUUAGUUAUCUUUCUCCAGUCAAAAUUGGAUGGCUGCCAAUCCAAAGAAGAGUGAUGAUGGUUGCAGAUACUUGCAACCAAAACCAAUUUUUGGACCAUGCUCCCGGCCACCUGAAACUGAAACAACCCAUCACUCCAACAUUUCAGAAGAAUCAAGCAACACCUAAGGCACAGAAUGCAGAGGUGGAGAGAAGUCACGCCAUUGCCACUGCUCUGGGUGUGAAGACGUGGCAGACACCUGAUCAAGGCGCUCCUGUUAUUAAACAGGUGCCAGAAAAGCCUAGCUUUCCUGCUAAUGAAGGGGACAGACCUGUCGGCUGGCAAGCUCUGAGGAGGGGCUGGAAUACCAACAGGGUGUCAGCUUUCCCUGGAGGCAGUAAGACCAAUGAGCUCCCCACAGGGACCAACUCAGACCCUAAUAGGAAAUCCCUUUUGAUGAAAACAGCCAGCACAGAGGCCCUCAGGCAUCCUCUGCUGAAUCGCACAACUUCUGCAACAAGCAAUAGUACGCAACCUUCAGACAUACAGACAAACUCCGCUGUGGGAAUCCUUAUCCCUCAAAACAAACCUGGCUUCUCCUCCAUCACCAUCUCCUCCAGAAAAGUGAGCAGAACAGCUAGUCUACCUGGCUCUGAUACCAGCAACCACUCUUCCCAGUCACGUGAGUCUCCUUCUCCACACAACAGCUUGGACCACCAGCUCAUGGACCCAAACUCCAGGCAUUUAACAGUGCAACGGAAAGCCACUAUAGUCAAAGUAACAGAGAAAAGGGUGAUUUCAAGUCCUGUAUCAAACACAAACACAGCACGGACACCACCGGGAAGCAAUGGUCUGGACACAGUGGUCCACAGAAGGAAGGCCACCAUCAUUAAAGUGACAGAACACAGAGAAAGCUACAGUCCAGGCAGACUGAGGGCCAAACACCCAGAGUACAGACACAGCUAUAGUGAGGGAACAUAUAUGGGCAACAACACAUGGAGUCAGGAAAAUCAUUCACAAAAUAAUGAACAACCUUCUUAUCGUCAUCUGAAUUUUAUCCCAAACUCUGCAGCACCAAAUACAUAUACUUCAGAUCCAGAGAAAAAUGGCUCACGGCACAGAUCCACACUGAAUCUUUUCCUAAACAACCCUCCUGGUGUAGCAGCACCCACAUCCUCAGAGAUUUCUCCAAAGCCUGUUGGACAGCGAUCGGGGAGGCUGCACAGACCACUGAGCUGGUAUGGCAAUGUGAUUGGACACACUGAGACAAGCAAGGAGAAUUCGACACAACCAUCUGCCAGGAAAUGGAGCGUUGGACUUCCAAAAGAGACUGAUAUCAACCCUUUGAACUCGGACAAUAGUUUCAUCAGUCCUGAAAAAGCAGUGAAAAGACCAGGUCAGCUUGUGGCAGAGACACUCAUGUCAAAGGCCGGUGAAAAAGAAAGAUUGCCUCUACCAAGAAGCACUUUGCAGGCAGAGUCCUCCAGUCUGACUCUCAUCAAGGCCCCAGGUAGGUUUCUCUGUCCCACUUUGGGAGCCUUCUUGUCAUUGAUUUCCUCUGUCUUGAUAGUGACAGAUGAGGGAGAACGUGCAAAGCAGCAUCCUAAUCACAGCCGACGCCUCAAUCGGCCUCAUGCUGAAUUUGUUCCACUGAGUCUAGAUGCUGAACAGUCAUCUGAAGCUGUUUCUCUUCAGGACGCGUUGCAGAGGUCUAGACCAGACUUCAUUAGUCGUUCCCAAGGUAGAGUGCGAGAGCUGGCGCGAAAGGCACAGGAGAGAAGGAAACUGUCAAAUUCAGUAGGCCCACAGUUGGAGAAGGCACCCAGGCAGAGGAGAGCUCUCAGCACUGGGUCUACCUCUCUGAACGGUAACCUUUUCACACACAGAGACAGAGCAUUUUCUAGGAAAGACAUGCAGCCCAGAUCCAAGCUGACACCUGCAGAUCUCAAGAGACAAAAAGAAGAAGAAAGGAGGGAGGUCAGUUUGAACAACAGAUAUCGAGCUGAGCUUUACAAAAAGAAACUGCUGGAUCAACUUCUUCAAAGGAGCAACAACUAAACAACUGACCACAUGGAUGAAGAUGUAGAGAAAGGCAUAAAAGACUGAUACAGUGAACUUUGCCCUUUGUCAGUUUAGUUUAUUAUUUUUCUAGAACCUGUCUUCUUAUGUGGAUUAAAAACAUAUAUUCUCAUACAAAGUAAAAAAAAAAAAAGACAUUUAACCUUAAUGCAAAUUUAUUGCACUUCCUGAUCAAACAAUAUGUAGUAAGCAAAAUCAGCAUAUCUCACUAUGUGACCUUAUCACAGAUAAAUCCAAUUACAUAUUUGUUCAUUCUUUUGCUCUUCUAUCCAAAUCUGGGAAGAAUGUCUUUCUGUGCUUGCUUAAAACACGUUAAACUGCUUGGAAAGCGAGCAGUGAACACACUCGGACAGGGUCCUUAUGGAUUCUAGAAACAUCUUCAAAUCAGCAGUGCCUGCCGUUUAAAUGACCUUUCUAUGCUCUGUCACGUGGUUGUCCUAGCCACCCUUGUGGUAUGCAAUUUCAAAUAAAGGUUGUUGAAGGUCGAAAGUAUGAAAUCAUGUCUGGACAGUCUGUUGUGGUUUUAAUCAAACAUCCGCCUCGCCGAUAUGGUUUCGAUUAACUUCUGUUUAUGCAGUUU